AUGUUUUGCAACGUGCCAUCAAGAAUCGAUUUCAUCAAACUGCUUACGUCGUCAAAGACUCUUUUUCAAAGAAGCCCUCUCUUGCUUAUUCUAAAGGCUCUUUCUCUUUAUCUUCCUUGCACUUUACCUCUCUGUUUUUCUUUUCUUUAUCUAUCUACUUUCUCGCUUUUUUAUCAUAUUCUCUCUCCGUUUUUUUCCCUCUCUCUUUUGCCCUCUUUCCUCUCUUUUCUUUUUAUUUCUCUCUUUUUAAUUUCAUUUUUUUUCGUUAUUUCUUUCUUUCUUUAUUCUUUUUUCUCUUUCUCAAUUUUCACUUCCCCCUUUCUCUUUCUCUCUCUUUCUUUGCCUUUUCUCUCUUUCUUUGUCUUUUCUCUCUUUCUUUUUCUUUAUAGCCAUCAUUUUUGUCUCGUUUUCUUUUCGCAUCUCUCUCUCUCUCUCUCUCUCUCUCUUUAUUCUUCUCUUUUGACAUUUUCCAAGUGUAUCGAAAUUCCAAAAGUUCGUCGAAAGCCUUCGUUUUGCCGUAGCCGGACGCGCGUCGUGUCGGCAGUGGUCGUGGGACCACCACACGUAGUGCCGAUUUUUCGAAGGCCUCCGGUGUUGCCGGACGCCCGUAAUGCGCCUUUAGAAUUAGUCCGUCGAAUCGUUAAUGCCCAACUUCGUCCAAGGCCUAGCCGGACGCGUCGUGCGCCUCGGCAGUGGUCGUCGGACCACUAUCUCAAAAGUUAG